GGCAUGGCUUGACUCCGGUGGGCUACACCCCAUUCUGGUAGUAUUUAAAGAGGGGCUCUCUACUCUUCACUUCACUACAGUCCUGCAGUCUAACCGUGAUCACAGACAUCAGAGAACCAAAACAAACCCGUGGAGUGUGCUUCUGUUGGGAACUCUUUGAGGAAAUGGCUGGAACAGUAUUCAUCAGAUCAUGCAUCAUUCUCUGCUUGCUUAUACAUACGGCGAUGUGUCAGGAAUGCUCUCAGCCCUGUGACUGCCCGGCUGAGAGCCCUUUAUGUCCUGUAGGCACCAGUCUAGUGCUGGACGGCUGCAGCUGCUGUAAGGUGUGUGCCCGACAGGCAGGAGAGCCCUGCUCUUUCCUGGAGCCAUGUGACCAUCAUAAAGACCUGUAUUGUGACUAUGGUGUGCUCAGUGACACUGAGACAGGCAUCUGUAUGGCUCAAGAGGGUCAGACGUGCGACCUGGGGGGCGUGAUUUACCGCAGUGGUGAGACGUUUCAGCCCAGCUGCAAACAUCAGUGUGUCUGCAUGAAUGGGGAGAUUGGCUGCGUACCAACCUGUGCCAGCAACAUACGGCUGCCUUCUCCAGACUGUCCCUACCCACGACGCGUCCAGAUCCCUGGCAAGUGCUGCGAGGAGUGGGUGUGCGACCAGAUCCCACAAGAAGACACCUUCCAGUCAGCAAUGGCUGGUAGGUCAAUCGCAUAUAGAGAAAUAACUGAUCAGAGUGUCCAGCCUGAGAGCGCAAGAGACAACUGCAUCGUUCAGACCACUGAAUGGAGUGAAUGUUCUGCAACUUGUGGCAUGGGUUUGUCCUCUCGUGUAACCAAUGACAACGAGCAAUGCCAGCUGGAACGGCAGACCCGCAUGUGCAUGAUCCGCCCCUGCCAUGCAGAGCUGGAAAAGGACAUAAAGAGAGGGAAGAAGUGUGUGCGGACCCCAAAGAGCCAGCGCGGGAUGCGUUUCGAGUUGUCUGGAUGCCAGAGCGUCAGGCUGUAUAAGCCAAAGUUCUGUGGGGUGUGUACAGACGGCCGCUGCUGCACACCUCACGCCACCGCCACAGUCGAGGUGGAGUUCCGCUGUCCUGAGGGCGACACUUUCAGGAAGAGGAUGAUGUUUAUUAAGACCUGCUCCUGUCAUCAUGAUUGUCCCCGGGAGAAUGAUAUCUUCCUUGCCUCCAACUCACGGAGAAUGAUUGGGGACUAUGAUAAUGACAUGUGAGGAGCUGUCCAGUGUAACACACACACACACUGACAAUCAAGCACACAUGCACAUGAGGCAGCUCCGUGUUUUACUGAACCCUGAAAUACUCACAUCCUGUGAGCAUAAAAAACUAGAAUGUUUGACAUGAAGUGGGCAUUGAUAAUGGCCCUGCAAAACUUCUCUUCUCUUGUUUGUAUUUUGUGAUGCUCUGAAGUCAUCUGGCUGUUUGACUGGUCAUGCUACAGCAGACCUGAAGCACUGAGAACUUUGUGUUAAUAGGAUAGUUCACUCAAAAAUUAUAAUUCUGUCAUCAUUUGCUCACCCUCAUGUUGUUUCAAACCUAUGAGCAGUUAUUUUUUUCUUUUUUCUUUGUUUGGAACAUAACAGGAGAAUUUUUGAAGAAUCUUGAUGCAGCUCUUUUCCAUACAAUAAAAAUUCAUAGUGACCACAUCUGUAAAACUCAGAAAAGAACCACAAAGAACCACAAUUUUUACCUUAUAUUCAAAAUAUUAUGAAAUCAUAACGUAUUUCUGCAUAAUGCACACAAAUUUAAAUCAGUAACAAUUCGGUCACUAUGAACUGUUAUUGUAUAGAGAAGGGCUGAAUGAAGAUUCUUUAAAAAUUCUCCUUUUGUUCACUGGAAAACAAUGACAAUUUGGGUUUGGAAUACUAUGAGGUUAAAUAAUUACAUAUAUUUUUUAAUGAUUUGUAUUUUAAUUUUAUAAGUAUGAUUAUUAUUAAUGAUUAUUUUUGGGUAAACAAUUCCUUUAAGACAUUGUGUACUAAUGGAGUAGUUAAUUUCAAGAACGUUUUCCUCAAUACAGGAAUAGAUUUAAAUGACAAUAAUGUAAUCAUACAAUUGAUAUGUAUUUUUUCAUUAAGUUGUAAAAUGUCAUUGGGUCAUCUUUAUUUACGAUUAUUUUUACCUUACAACAAGGAAUAAUAUUUAACAACUGAAGUAAUAACUUUUAAUGUUUGUAUCUAAUUGAACCCAAUCUUUCAAAUAUGAAUAUCUAAAAUGAGUCCCAAAGUAUUUUGGGAAGAAAACAUUCCAACAAAUGAGGCUCAGAUAAUGAGAUACUGCCUAUGUUGUUUACUGUUUAUUUAAUAGCAAAUGAAUGAAAAAGAAUUGAACAAUGACGAAUACACCUUGUGUAAAUACUGUAAGAAGACCGUGUACAGAUUGUACUAAUUUAUGUAACUGUUGUUUAACUCUUAAAUGUAGUUUUGUAUGUGUACUGUAUUACUCUGUGUUCAUUGUAAUCACCUGGCAAUGAUACAAGCGAGUUAUUUUCUGAUGCACUUUUAUUUUCCAAUAAAGAAAUUAUAUUUUUAUAUA